CUUAGUUCCGUUCCCGACCUCAACACAGAUACACAGCGUCGUGUUGCGGUUGAGCUGCGCUGCCAGCUCAUAUCGUGUGUCCGUUGACCGCCAGAGCAACCGGCCCCAGAAUGAAGAUACCUUUACCUACUCUCUUGGUGGUGUUUGCCGUGUACAUCAAGCCAAGUCUCCAGAAAACAUCUCCUUGUCCGGCCGUGUUCGUGUACGACGAGCGAGACGAUUCCUACGACACGUGGUUCGGUACGGUGCGGUUGAAGAGCAACGUUCCGCUCCACGGCGUGUUUGUGGACCUCCAGUUUUCUGCACCGGUCGUAACAUUUGGGACGUUCCUGAGGGACUACAGCACCGAUGAUAACGUCGAGUUUCACAUUGCGGAUAAAUCAAAACAUUUGCGGGCCGGCGAAGUGAUGGUGCUGAAGAUCUACGUUCGCUACCAACCGGAUCAACCGGUACCGCUGCUGCGACAGAUCCGCUUCAAUGGACAAAACAUUUGCGUUGACACGAAUCCGCCUCCUACGAGGCAGACGGCACGUCCGACGAUAGCCUAUGGUAGAGGACAGAACACUCAUAGGCUAACCUCUAGUGAAACUGACCAUAGCGUAGCGGAUGUCUUUCCGCGGGUAGUAGAUCCGAUUAAUGCGUACGCCACAGCGGCAUCUCCUGUAGUUUCCCAAGAAAAACAUUCGUCCUCGCAUUCCUCGCAUGGUACGGUAUCGACAAGGGCUGUCGAUUCCAUCCCACCUUCUCCGGACGUAGAUAGGGGACAUUUGUUUCCACGUCGCGUAGGUGUAGAAGAUCGUAGAGGCGAUCAUUUGCCGAACCCCAGUUACUCACCACCGGAACCGGAUUCUCGACCGACCACCAGAAGACCUACCAUCACCACGACCUACAGUCCGAUUGCGGAUGAACGAAUUUGGGAAGUGUCCAGACGAACAUCUACGGAAACGCAACGAUCGCUGGUGAACGAACGGAACCCGAAUCCCUUCGCAGGAGUGGCACUGAAUGCCGGUGAUGGCUACACGAGUGCCACCAGGCCGUCCAGCACAACGCCAGCACCUUCCAGGACCACCUCCGGGGAGAAGUACUUCGCCGGCGAUUAUGCGUUUCUCAACAAAGACAGUACGCCCGACACGGCUACCGGCGGUCAGACGCACUACAUCAACAAACCAGACGAGGACAGCUGCGGAACGGUCGUCCCGAAAGCCAACCCCUUGGUAACCCAUGGAACGGUAACGGAACGGGGUCAGUUUCCGUGGCACGGAGCCCUCUACCGGAGUUCGAUCACGGAGCUCAAGUACCUGUGUGGCUCGACGCUGGUAUCGCCACGGAUGUCCAUCACGGCUGCUCACUGUGUGACGCUGGAGAAAAGCAGCAGAACGGUCGCAGCGGAGAGCCUGCUGUUGUACUUUGGGAAGAUCGAUCUCGGCAAGUGGAACGGCGUCGAGGAGGACGCACAGGUCCGUUCGAUCCACGUACCGGCGCAGUACCACCACGAGCGGUUCUUCAGCGACAUCGCCGUGCUGUUGCUGAAGGACGACGUCAAGUUUAGCAACUUUGUGCGGCCAGUCUGUUUGUGGGCGUUCGAUGACGAUUACAAGACGCUGAUCAACAAGAUCGGGUUCGUGCCGGGCUGGGGCUACACCGAGCACGGACUGGUGAGCUCGCGGCUGUCGUUCGCUCAGAUGCCCGUCGUGGCGCACGAAACGUGCAUCUGGUCGAACCGGGACUUCUUCAGCAAGAUUACGUCGGACAGCUCGUUCUGUGCCGGGUUCAAGAACGGGACCUCGGUCUGUAAUGGGGACAGCGGUGGCGGGAUGGUUUUCAAGCAUAAUGGCCGCUGGUACCUGCGCGGUGUGGUCUCCGUCAGUGCCGCCCUGCAGGAUCGGUUCCGUUGCGAUCCCAACCAUUACGUGGUGUUUACGGAUGUGGCCAAGUUUGUCAGAUGGAUCAAAAGUUUGAUGACCUGAACCACCUGACCAGCUUGUAGCGUAUAGUAAUUACCAUCGUAAUAGAUGGGCAGACAUCACAUAGAAUGCCCAAGAAACACGUGCACGUGGUUAAGAAAAAUAAAAACACUGAUCACUGA